AUGGCUGCGAAUAGAAGAAAAGAUCGCAAUGGGGACGUCUUGCCCUUGUAUGAAACAAAAUCGACACCACAUCUGGAUGGUUUGGAGAGUAUUAAUGAAAAUCGUAUUGCGAACUUAACCGGAAAAGUACAAUCUCUGAAGUCGUUGACAAUGAAUAUUGGUACCGAAAUUACUUCUUCUUCGAAGCUGAUGGACACAAUGAAUGAAUCGUAUUACACUACACAAAAUACCCUGAAAGGUACAAUGGGACGAUUGAAGAAUGUUUCCAAGAGCAGUGGCAUCUCCAUAUGGACUUGGUUGGUUUUUUUUUGUAUAGUGGCAUUGAUAUUUGUCUUGGUUCGCUAUUAG